AACGACUUACUCCUUCCUUUUAAUUGAACUUUAUUUUUAUUUCCCUUUUUUCUUUCUUUCUUUCUUUCUUUCAUCUAUAUCUAUAUAUAUAAAUACCUUCCUUUGUAUAAAAUUAUUAUUAUGCAGCACCAAAAAGACCGACACUAUCUUCACUCUUUAAGAGACUUGUGUGAAGUAGCUGAAGAAGGAGACUCAGCAUUGGCCGAAGAGUACAACCAAGGAUAUGUAAACCAUGUAUUGAAUACAGUGUCUUUUAACAAAUCGAUGGAAGCAAGCGGGCGUUCUAUUGUGCCUGUGGGCCGUAUACGUGCUGGAACGAUGCCUUCCUUAGCCAUGAAGCCUAUGCCACCACCAGUGCUUCCAUCUAAUUCGUUAUGCUUUUUGAAUAACAGACAUCGAUCUGGCUCCUUAACACUGCCAAAUACAUAUAAUUAUUGGCGAAAUAUUGCGGAACCUUCUUCAGAAUUACCACAGGGCGAUGAUAUUGCUCGAACAUUAAGGUCGUUGGGUCUAGAUGAUGAUAAGGAAGACUCAGAAAUUCAUGGAAGUCCAUUAUCAUCCACUUCAGCCAGCUUAAAUACACCUUCUUCAAGAACUACAUCAACCCCUUCACCGAAUAUAUUACCACAAAAAACAAGCUUAAGGAGUCGAUCUUAUUCCGUCAAUAAUACAUCCACAUAUCAAAAACAUUCAGCCCCAUUUGUGAAUGGUAUGUAUACACCAUCAACACCAUCAACACCAUCAACACCACCACCA